GUGCAAACUAACGAGCGUUUUUGAAACAGUUCGGUACUUCUGGCUACAGUAAACCCUCAGAUGAGUCCUGUCGUUAGAAGAGCUUCUCACGCUGGUAGUUGGUAUUCUGCAGACCGUAUGAAAUCGUUUUCUGUUAAAGUUUCUUGAUGGUUUUCAGGUACUAAACUCAACAACCAGUUGCAGAAGUGGUUGUCUGAAGUAACUGUUGAUCGACAACCAGCCCGUGCUAUCAUUUCACCACAUGCGGGUUAUGACUAUUCGGGGCCUUGUGCUGCGUUUGCGUAUAAACAAAUAGACCCUCGUCACAUGUAAACUGCAUAUAUACAAAUAGCUUUGCCCAGUAAACGUAUUUUCGUAUUAGGUCCUGCACACUAUAUGAGCCUCAGAGGAAAAUGCGCUCUAUCCACAGCGGACUUCUUCGAGACUCCGUUGUACUCCUUGUCAAUUGGUAGAGAUGUAUAUCGAGACCUCGAAAAAACAGGGGAGUUUGUUAGUCUCACUUUGGACAAGGACGAAGAAGAGCAUUCCAUAGAAAUGCAAAUGCCAUAUAUUGCAAAAAUGAUGGAAGGGUAACUUCCCGUUAAAUCUUUAUUUAGUCCAUAUUAAUUUUUAAGUAAAUGUAUAAUCAAGGUAUUUUAUAAAUAGUUUUUAAAUUGUUGUCUCUUGUUGUUAUGAAGGCUUAUAAUGAACUGAAUGUAGAAACGAAUUAUUAUUACUAGGAGUUUGAGUCAAAACAUUGGGGACCGGUAAAGCCAAUGGUAAGUGUACAUAAUAAAAACAAUGUCGUGAUUCCUCAUGUAGUCAGUUUUCGAACAGCCAGUCAUAACAAUUGUUGGCUUAGUUUAUGAGUUUUUAGGAAGUUUCACCUUUAAUGAGACUUCCAAGGUGUAUUUGGCCAUAAGGGCAUAUUUUUAUUAGUCUUACUUUUAUUUAAGAUCAUGGGGUCCGAAUACUACUAGUCCUUUAGAGUCACCAUGUUGACCGGUUUGGCUGUAUGUUUCUGCACUAAAUCCCUUCCUGUUUUUUAUACAAAAUUGGAACUAUAAACCCGUUUUACAAACUGCUUUGUAACUGUAAAGACCACAGUCUCAUGACCAAAACCACAUUUUAAAAUACAUGUGGUAGCUAAGCCUUCUAAAUUAUGUCAAUCUGUAUUCCAUUUUGCUUAUAUCUGAUUGACUCGGUUGGUGUGGAUCUUCAUACUCUUUAGGCACUGAGUGCCGUUGAUUGUAAUCCAAAUAUUUUCGCUGACAGGAAAAUGUUGGUAAAUAUUUUGUUGAGGUUCGGGAUCAAUCUUAGUUUUAGUAAAGUUCUAAUGGUGCAAACUAGAGAUGUCCAUAUUAAUAGCAUUAUGUUAAAAACAAGCUAAUUCCCACUAACCUUGUACUAUGGAUUUCAGUUGCUUUUUUAGGUGUUAUAAUUGUUAUCUUCCUAUUCGCUUGCCUUAAUUUGGUGUUCCUAUUGUGCAUAAGACUUGUUACCCUAACUUUGAUCUUAUAACUUUUUUUGUAUCUUCACACUAAGGCUCGACUAGCUUUUGUUAACUUGCGUCAUUUAUGGCGUAGGCGAGAUAUCCGUCUAUCAACCAAAGGACGGGUUUACUGCGCAGCAGUUCGUUCCGUCCUGUUUUAUGGCAGUGAAACAUGGCCGGUAAGAGUAGAGGAUAUUCGUAGACUACUAGUAUUUGAUCAUAGGUGUCUUCGAAAUAUUGCUCGCAUAUCCUGGGACCAUCGAGUAAGUAAUGCAGUUGUUAGGAAACGGGUACUAGGUAAGGAUGGCAAAUCAAUUGAUGAAGUGGUGAAACUUCACCAGUUGAGAUGGCUGGGACACGUGUUACGUAUGCCCAACGACCGACUGCCUCGACGUGUGAUGUUCAGUGGUAUAGGAGUAGGUUGGAAGAAAGUUAGGGGCGGCCAGACCAAAACAUGACACAAGUCCAUGAAGUCACUGACAAGUGGUCUGAGUCAUGUCGGUAGGUGUAGACUACCUGGUUGGGGACCGCGAGAUGAUACCAACCUUAGUUAGAGACCCUGAAUGACAUGGCUCUAAAUCGUUUGCAAUGGCGCAGGUGCAUCCACUCUUUAUGUUCUCCUAAAUUUUGAUCUGAUUCCCCCUAGUCUCUUUCUCUUCCCAAGUUUAUUUCACUGUAUUAUACUCUUUAAGUAACAUCUCCAAACACUAAUCUUUCCGAUUACUGCCUAUACUCUUAUUACCUCUACCACUACGGGAUUUGAAUCGACCACUGCAUCUCUGUGCUAAUGUGGUGUCAACUCGAACUGAUGUACGUACGUACGAAGUUCUACGUUGUUACUGACUGACUAAGCUCAGGCAAAUGUUGAUCAAAUUAGAUGCAAAUACAAUUGUGCGAAUGUUUGUUUAAAUAAAUUUAAAUGUUUUUCCUACUCCGAAUGACUUAAACACAUUUUAUUUAAAACCUCCACUACUCUGCACUUUGCAACAUACAGUUCCGAAACGAAUUUUGAAGACAAUCAAAAUAAACUACUCUGUAAUAGGAAAUCUCGGUACACUGAAAGUUAUCGCGUGCCGUUCGAUUUUGGUAUCUUUAUUCGUCGUGUUCAUUUGUACAUUCAUACCUUCAAUUUCACCAACUUAAUAUUAUAAAGCAGCCAACAGACCAGAACUCAUGGCAUUUACAGAAAACACUUUAUAUACUACUUUAUACGUCAAUUUUCACUCAAAUUCAAGCUGUUAUGCUGUCGUUUCUCUCGAAAUCUUAUUUUACUUGGUGUUCUAGUUACCAAGGCAAAUUCUCUGUAGUACCAAUUUUGGUAGGAUAUUUGACUCCAGAAAGGGAAGCAGUGUAUGGCCAGAUUUUCUCUCGAUACCUAUCAAAUUCGGAGAACUUCUUUGUGAUAUCUUCUGAUUUUUGUCACUGGGGAAAAAGGUUUCAAUACACUUACUAUGAUCAAAGUAAAGGAGCAAUCUGGCAAUCUAUACAAGCACUUGAUGAAACGGGGAUGGAGUUAAUUGAGCGACUUGCUCCUUCUGAAUUUACAAGUUACUUAGAGCAAUAUGGUAACACCAUAUGCGGACGACACCCGAUAGGUGUACUACUGCAAAUCGUUACGUAUUUACGCAGGAAUAUGCCCAAUAACAAUUUUAACAUGAAGUUUGUACGAUAUGCCCAAUCAGAACACUGUCAUAAUAUGAACCAAUCAUCUGUCAGUUAUGCAGCUGGUGUGCUACAAAUAUCUUGAUAUAAGUAACUUUUCUUGCAUAUUAUAAUAUGUGUAUCGAUGUUUACAUUAAAGUGAAAAUCACAACUUUAGGGAUUGUUAAUUUUACUUCAAUACAUAACACUUUUUUCUU